UGUCCUGUCAGUUUUUACACGUGAAUUCUUUUUGAGUUACGGUAUUUUUAUUGUAAACAUGCGAUUGUGGUACACAGAUAAAGGAAUGAAGCCGGGAGACAUCCUGACCAAGCUGCGCAAAGAAGCGAAAUCGAAAAUUCCGUCGAACAUGAAUCUGAAGCUGCCGGUAAACUUGAACCUGAAAGAUUUGAGAGCUUUUCUGGAUCAGAUAGUCGAAGCGCUAAAGCAGCCGGCUGGAUCGAAGCCAGGCGCGCCGGAGGUAUCCAGGCCGAUGAAAUUUCCCUACACGUACAGUGCCAAACUGGCGCAGUUUCCCUACAAGUACUAUUUUAAGAAUCAGUGGAUAUUCCGGUAUUACCCGGUGGGGGUGCUGGCUGCCCUGCCGCUGUUUAUCUUCAUGUCGAAACUGUCUAAAUCAAAAGGAAAUAAAGAGAAGUGGAAGGCCAUACGCAAACACGAAAAGGAAGAAUAUCUUCACAAGUUUGACUACUAAAUUAGGAGUUAAUCUUUUUGAGAAGAAAUAAGGUAGUUUGAAACCUAGUGGUAUAUUAAACGGUAUGAAGUAGUUUGUAAUAAUAAUAAUGUGUACACAUAUUAAAUA